AUGCAACGCGCUUCUUCCGCAGUAGAUUUUAACAGUCUACUGAAUCCUCAGUCCACUCAGGAAAGAGAACAUCAAGCUGCUCGACAGAAAUUGGCCUUGAUUCAGCAGCAGCAGCAACAUCAAAGAGAAGCAGAAAUGGCUGCCAUCAGUAUGAUGCCAGCUAUGGUCGGUGGACACCAUGGAGAUGAUCGUCAAGAUUUACCUCGACCAUAUAAAUGUCCUUUGUGCGAAAAGGCAUUCCAUCGUCUCGAACAUCAAACUAGACACAUUCGGACUCACACGGGCGAGAAACCUCAUGCUUGUUUAUUCCCUGGCUGCACAAAGCGAUUUUCACGUUCUGAUGAGCUUACCCGACAUUCGAGGAUACACAACAAUCCAAACUCGAGAAGGAGUAACAAGACACAACAAGCUCCUCAAAUGGGUGUCCCCAUGCAUUCAGAGUCGAUGGCUACCAUGAUGCCACCACCAAACAAGAACAUUACGAGAUCAGCACCACCAUCCGCUAUUGGUAGCCCGAAUGUGUCACCACCCCACUCGUAUACUUCCUACAGCAGCAAUCACCUUUCGAGUCUCAACCCUUACGGAAGAAGUUUAGGAGGAAGCCCGAAUAAUGGUCAAGCCCCUCUCACAGACAUCAACAUGCUAGCUACUGCGGCGACACAAGUUGAGAGAGACAGCAGCACAACCGCAAAUCAUUACUCGCAAGCACGCCAUCAACCGUAUUAUAGUCACAGUAAUCACAACAGCAGAACUCAUCUUCCUUCGCUCCAAGCUUAUGCCAUGACGAGAGCGCAUUCCCAUGAAGAGGAUGAUCAUUAUGCUCAUCGUCACGCGAAACGUUCUCGACCCAAUUCACCAAUGUCGACAGCACCCUCUUCACCCACAUUCUCUCACGAUUCCCUCUCUCCAACUCCUGAUCAUACUCCGCUCGCCACUCCUGCGCAUUCGCCUCGUCUGAGACCUUAUGGCGGUGGAUAUGAUUUGCCGGGUAUUAGAAAUCUGUCUCUUCAUCACACUCCUGCUCUUGCACCAAUGGAGCCUCAACAUCUCGAUGGUCAAUAUCAUGCUACCAGCACCACCACAACGGCUACAAGUGCUCCAAGAAUGGGUCUUACCAUUUCUGACAUUAUGUCAAGAACGGAUGGUAGCACGAGAAAAUUACCAGUUCCUCAAGCUCCGGUCGCUGUACAAGAUCUUUCGAGUCCUGGUGAAAUUGGUUUUAACACAAGUGGUCAAAGUAGUACCACUGGUAGCGUUGCUGGAAACGAUCUUGCUGAUCGUAUGAUCUGA